AUGUCAGGGGUGCAACGAAAAGUUCCUCGGAUAAUGGCUAAAUCUGGAAGGGUGUCAAAGGCUCCAACGAUUCUUCGUGCACCUGUAAAAAGCGAGGUAGUUGAAACCACCGAAGACGUCACCAUAAGAUCAAAUGACCUUGAUGAUGAUCACGAACAGUUACUCGUACGAGAUGGCGUAGUAGUUGGUCUCCAACAACCUAACGGUCGGUUUGUGGACGAAACGGGGGUGCAGGUGCCAACUUCGGUUGUACAUUCUAACGCACGCACAAGGAGAAUUGUAAUUGAAAGUGCUAAUGAGAACAGUAACGAGUAUGAGCCGUAUGUCCCAACAGCAUUGCCAGGAGUAGCCGACGAGGUCGAAUCUUAUCCAUGUCCUCUCUGCCCGGACAGGGUGUUCCUUACAUCAUUCGGUCUUGAAAAACAUUCAACAGAAAAUCACCAAGAGCAUCUUCAAGAGAUCCUUGAUCACAUCGAAGCAAUCGGUGCAGAAUGGCGACGCCGGGAAGAGGAGCUUGCAAGGCGACGUGAACGUGUCUACGCAGCUCGUCUUCGGCAAGAAACUAUUACGAGACAUGCCAUUGAACAGGUCUCAAAUGGGACCCUCGGGGCAUUUACUGGUUCUGGAGACGAUGUUACUGGAAAUGGAGGUGAAGGUUCAGAUGCAGGAGAACGUCGAUUCAAAGCAUGCAACUUGUGUGGAAUUCUCGUUGCUUCGGACAGUUCGGCUGCUAUGGAAAGUCAUUUGCGUGCUCAUAAAAAGAACGACGAUCUCAAAGUUAAGCUCCUGGCACGAUAUGGUCCCGAGGAAGUUUGCCGUUUGAUGUGUAACGAAUGUAAUAUGGUAUUCGGAGAUGAGUGUAGCUUGAUUGUACAUAACCAACAAAUGCAUACAAGGAGGAGAAAAUAUGUCUGCAAAUGGUGUGGACAUGUAGCAUAUACCAUGACUGAAUUGAAUGUGCAUAAAGCUGAUGUACAUGCGAUGCCUCCAUUUACCACUAGAUCGGACAGAGAUAGAAUAAUGCGGAAGCGGUAUCAUCUUCAAGCCCGCGGAUUAAUUGCUCUUGGAGCAAAUCCAAGAAGCAAUGAAAUAGAUGAUAGACACGGCCCAGCUACCACAUCGAAUAACGACCUUUCGUUUCGCACAACGUGCGAACAAUGCGGUUUGCGAUUAGUUCGUCCUUCACUGUUAGUGAGACACAUGCUUAGAGUUCAUUCAAAAAGAGCUUUCUCUUGCGAGAUUGAGGCACCUGGGUGCUGUAACUACCGUAUUGAUGUGAACUCUGAUCGAAUAACGUGGACUUGUUGUAGUGCCCAAUUCUCGAAUAGGAGAGACUUCUAUCUCCAUCGAGUUAACGCUCAUCUUGAGAAAUUAGUGGCUGGUACUGAGUCUUUGUCUGAAUAUCAAACCUACGGUGACUCUAUCCAUCCAAAUGGCACUCUUACUCCUGGUGCUGGAGUUUGUGUGGAGAGUGCCGAUGGCACAUCCUAUGUAGGCAGAAUAGAAGCGGGUCCGGACGGUACAAUGCAGGUCGUUGUCCCUCAGGAUAUCAUGAACAGCAACAGCGACUUUUAUGUUGUAAUAGAAGACGAUACUGAACUAGAAGGACAAUCCCAAUUCAAGUGCGUGGAAUCCGAUGACCAACCAAUAAAUCAGCUCGAUCAAGGACAGCCACAGCUGCAAAUGCAAUCUGAUCAAAGUUUAGGGUCUUCGGAUCUGUUGGGAGAAAUUUUAGUGGAGGAGCCGGUGGACGAAGAUGAAGGACAGAUGAUUGCAAUUACUGAAGAGCAAUACGAGCAGCUACGGUUGCAGUAUGGUGACAACUUAGAAAAUAUGAGUGUUAUAUAUGUGGAUGAUACAGAUGUCGGUAAGUGUGAGAUGGGUGGCGAUGUCAAUGAUCCCCCUCUACAUAGCGCACCGGUACUGCGUAGCUGA